UAAAAAAAAAAAAAAAAAAAAAAAAAAAAAAAAAGAAAAACCAUCUCAACUAAAUUUUGACAAAUUGUACUAGAAUAAUCCCAGUGGAGAGGUCUCUUUUUUACUCGCAAAGAGAGAGAGAGGCAGUUGGCACUCCAAAGUCCAACAACAGAGGCAAUUGCUACCGCGGUGUGUGGCGGAGGAAAUAUCGUGUAAUGGGCAUUUCACAGAGUAGUAGCAACAACAACAGAAGAAGAAAUCAUCAUCAUUACUGGAACAAUAAUAAUGCUUAUUAUUCCAAUCCUUCUUCCUACUCUUACUAUGACCCUCCAUACCCUCCUCCUUUCCCUUUUCCACCUCAUCUCCUCCCACCCCCACCACCACCCUCCUACACCUACCCCUCUACCUGCCACUGCACAAAUCCUGUUGUUGGUAGGUCUGUUUUUUAUCACAACAAUGAGUGGCCUGGUUCUUACCUACCUCCUACUCCUCAAGUGGUUGGGAUGGUUACCCCAUCACCCUAUGUUGAGGCCCAGCAAGCUAAGAAAGUUAGGAGUGGUGUUAAUGUGCAUAAAGAUUCUUUAAAGAUUGAGAUUGAUGAGCAAAACCCACAUCUCCAUUUGGUUUCUUUUGUCUUUGAUGCUCUCUUUGAUGGCAACAUCACGGUGUUUUAUUUUGUCAAGGAAGAGCCUCAUUGCAGAUUUGUUCCGAUAUAUCCCCAUGUCCAUGUACCUAUAACAGUUCCUUUCCAGAGAGGACUUGGGCAGAAAUUUCGUCAGCCUUCUGGGACAGGCAUUGACUUAAGCUUCUUUGAAAUGGACGAUCUUUCUGAACUGUCAUCAGAAGACAGUGUGUUUCCCCUUGUAAUAACUGCAACAACCUGCCUUCCGUUUGUUUUAACAGAGGAUCAUAUUAGUGAUAUUCAGCCUAAAACGUCCCUCCAUAUGCAAAUUAGUCAAGCUGUAUUGGAGAAGGAUCAUGAAGGUGAUUUCCGAGUGAGAAUCAUCAGGCAGAUUUUAUGGGUUGAUAAUGUUCGCUAUGAGCUGCAUGAGAUAUAUGGAAUUGGAAACUCUGGCACAGAUUAUGACAACAAUGGCUCAGGCAAGGAGUGUGUAAUAUGCUUGACCGAACCCAAAGAUACAGCCGUGCUUCCAUGCCGCCAUAUGUGCAUGUGCAGUGGAUGUGCAAACACAUUGAGACUUCAGUCAAACAGAUGCCCAAUAUGUCGACAACCAUUCGAAGAGCUCUUAGAGAUCAAGAUUAAUAAUGGUGAUAUCGAUGGGUGAGCAUUUUCUUGCAGAAACAAAGUAGCAAUCCUAAUCUCAGCAUACUUGUCUUCUGCUUUCAAUUCGUAAAUGUUUCUCCCUAUAUAUUUGUAGAUCUUCAUAUAGCCAGUUAUUCAUGUUUGUUGGCCAACUAUUUUUUUCCCCGUUCCUUGUGUUAUAUUAUAAUGUAAAUAUAACCUAGCCAAUGGUCUGGAUGAGUUUGUUUCACUGCACUGGAAGUAUGGUGCAUGAACACAUUCAUGUAUGUUUGAAUGUCUCCGACUAAAGUUUUAACAUUAUUGCUUACC